AUGUGGCCGCUCGGUUCAUGGCCUUUAGAUCAUAAUAGAAACUUUGCAAAAUUGCGUGCGCUGUUUCUUAUAGUCACACAGACUAUGAUGAUAGUUUAUAUAAGCGUGGAUAUUAGUUUUCACAACAAUGUCACUCUGGUUAUGGCCAUUGAUCACCUCAUGUUAGCGUCAUGCGGGACUUUGACUAUUGUAAAGAUAGCGCUGAUACGAUUGCAUCGCGACAACUUGUUGAAAAACCUCGUCAACGCAUCGAAUGACUGGACGUAUACCACAAAACAGGAUCAUCGGCAAGUCAUGUUUCGCUAUACCAACCUAGGUAGAUUUGUCUUCUUCUUUCAGAUGGGUUCCACAUAUUUUGUCAUUAUGCCAUUAAUAGUUGAAUCACUUUUAUCCUUUGCGACGAUGCCUUCACAAAACGUAACGUUAAUUGCAAAAUCUGAGAAAGAGAUGCGAGCAAUGCAACUACCUCAAGAGAUGAUCUGUCCAUUCGAUGCUCAGAUCGUUUGCUUCAGUAUGUGUAUUCUUCAAUCUAUACAGCUGAUCAGUACAUGCACAGGGAAUGUUGGCAGUGAUGUUUUCUUCUUUGGUGUUUGCAUGCAUCUCUGUGGACAAUUGGAAGUGCUCAGUCAAGAAUUGCUGCAGUUUCACGAAAAGAAGAAGAAUGGUUGUUGGAAACGAAGUAAAAUGGUCACGCUAAUCGAGAGACACUGUUUGCUUCUAAAUCUAGCCAAAGACAUUGUUGGUGUACUCAAUAUCAUUUUGAUUGCUCAGCUGAUUCUCCACGCUUUGUUUAUAUGUUUAAUAGUUAAUCAGCACAUCUACGGGGUAUAUUGGCACCGAUGUUUCCUCUUCGGUGUUUGCAUGCAUCUCUGUGAUCAAUUAGAAGUGCUCUACCUGUACAUACAGAGCUGUUGCUGUUCCACGAAGAGAUGUAGGAAAAACGAAUAUUGGAAACAAACUGAAAUAGCUAAUCGAGAGAUACUGUUUGCUUUUACAUCUAGCCAAAGACAUUGUUGA